GAAUCUUUCUUUCUGACUGGUUUUACUGCAGUACUUCCUCAAUUCAGUGGGGGUGGGGAAGUACAGAAGACACUGACACUGAAACAUUAGAAAAAAAGAUCUCUGAGGCCUUGCAAAGGAGUCUUGAUUCAUACAGGGACAAGCACUGUGAGCAGGCUUCUCAUAUUCAUUCAAGAUCUACCUAAGAAGUAGAGGAACAGAGCUUAGCCAUCUGGAUUUGUGAAGCUGAAAAGCAUGUCUCUUCCCCGACAGCUGCGAGAAAAGAGUGAUUUUGACCAGCUUCCAGAUGAUGUACCUGUUUCAGCUAACAUUGCAGAUAUUGAGGAGAAGAAAGGCUUUACUAAUUAUUAUAUGUUUGUCAUUGAAGUAAAGAUUAAAAGUGGUGGCAGAUACCUGAUUUUCCGACGCUAUCGUGAGUUCUAUGCCCUACACACCAAACUAGAGGAGAGAUAUGGGGGGGAGAACAAGAAUAGCCCUUUUAGCUGCACACUCCCCGUAUUGCCAGGGAAAGUUUAUGUUGGGCUCAAACGGGAAAUUGCUGAGAACAGGAUUCCUAUCCUAAAUAUCUACAUGAAGAACCUACUCUGCCUACCUGUUUGGGUGUUGAUGGAUGAAGAGGUGCGUCUGUUCUUCUACCACUCCAAUUUUGAUAGUGAACAGGUGCCCAGAAGGCUGAGACGACUUCGCCCACGGACGCGUCGAGUUAAAAGCAUUUCAUCCCAACUGCCUGUUUUGGACCGUGUAACAACUCCUCGGGCUGAGGCACUAUUUGAUUUCUCUGGAACCAGUAAACUGGAACUCAGUUUCAAGAAAGGAGACUUGAUCUACCUACUUAGCAGAGUAAACAAAGACUGGUUGGAGGGAACAGUUAAUGAUGCCACUGGGAUUUUCCCAUCUGCUUUUGUGAAGAUCAUAAAAGAUUUACCACAGCAGGAAGACACAGUUAAUAAAAUACGCUGUUAUUACUAUGAUGAGACAGUAAGCACUAUCAGGGAUAUAUCAGUGGAAGAGAAUCUGAGCAGCAUUCCAUUAUUCAAAGAUCUUAUGGAACUGAUAAAGCAGGAGUUUGACCUACAUGACAUUGUUUUGAAUUACCGGGACCUCGAUGGCGAUCUGAUCCGGCUGCUCUCUGAUCAGGACGUUGAACUCAUGGUGUCUCAGAGCAAGAAGAGGUCUGCUGAGAAGCAUUUCUUCCCUUGGAAGUUGCACAUCACUCACAAGGAUGACUUCAGUGUCUACAGCACUAGUCCAGGAAUAGGUGAUACACAAACAGUUAGGGCAACAUGAGUGCUGUAGGGUAGCAGUUCCAGUAGGUAGCUACAUCAUCCCUCAGGAAUCCUUCUCUGCAGACAGUUUCUUUUAACAAGGCUUUGAACAGAGCUUGAAAAGAGUCAACUUCCCUUUCAAUGUAAAAUCUGUGCUUAGCUUUUUGAGCUGUUUAGCACUUCUCUGUAACAGAGAUAUCUUUAUGCAGACCAGGGAACGAGAGGAAUAGAGAAGUAAAAUUACUGGAUUUGUUCACAAAGCAAGCCAGUGUUACGCUGCAAUAAAUGUUGAGUGUCCUGAGCCCAAAAUCUGCUCUAAUCUCCAUCCUUGCUUCUAGAGCCAAUUACUUGCCCAGAGUGUUUUCAUAAGCUUUUAUUUUAUUUAUUUUAUUUUGUCCCUGACUGCAGUUCUGGAAGCAUGAAGAAAACUUUAUUUCAGCAAAGAAAUUACAGCCUGGUUUUGCUUUCUUCUUUCCUUUGGCCCAUAUUUUGAAUUCUGUAAAUCAAAUCUAGUAUACUUGCAGUGUUACUUAUUGACUUCUCAUAAUUGUACAGUCUAUUUGCUUCCACAUUCUGGGAUAAGUGAUGUGAUACCUGUCCAAGUAGUAAUCUCUUCUUGGUCUCUCUUCUUCUGCUUUCUAACCCCUCACAGCAAAACAGAACUAACAAUAAAUGACUGCAUCAGAUUUUUCCAUAAAUAAACUUAUGCAUGUGUUUAUUUUA